CGCUCCCUCUGCAAAUCUCGCGAGAACAGGGCAGACACCGCGAAAGGAAUUUGAUUGCCAAGCACUGCGGACAGCCUGCGGAGGCAGUUGUUGCUGUUGCUUGAGGUUUAAUGUGAACUAUGCCUCUCCAAAAUGCAAUGCAGAAAGCAGAAAGAUGUCAUCUUAGAAUUAUUGCAGUCCUGUACCUGCCUACUCAAAGCCACAAUGAACUGGUUAGAGCUUACUGUUAGGUAAGCAGCUGCACUGAUCACUUUGUCAUUGAAGGAAUUGUAACAUGGCUACAGGAGACCUGAAAGGAAAUCUACGUAAAAUAGAGCAAGGACUUCGUCAUUUAAAUUAUCCCAGAGAUGUGAAUUAUACUGGGCUGGCAAAGGGUGAUCCAUCUGUGUUUUUGCCCAUCAUCAGCUAUUGUUUUACAUCUUUUUCAACACACAUUACUGAACUUCUGGUGGAAUCUGAUGUAGAACUUACAGCAAAGAAUGACUUGCGUUUUAUAGAAGCUGUUUAUAAGCUUCUCCGUGAUCAAUUUCAAUAUAAGCCAAUCUUAUCAAAACAGCAGUUCCUCCAUUGUGGCUUUGCAGAGAGAAAAAUACAGAUUGUUUGUGAUAUUAUUAGUUUGGUCUAUAAAAGAGAUAAAGAAUUAAGCAGUGUGAAUAAGGUGAAAUCCCAAGCAAGAAAGAGAACCUGUUCUAUUAAACCCCAACCAAAAGCAGACUGUUCUAAUCAUCUUGAUUCUGCACCUAUGGAUUUUCCGCAGGAUAUUUCACUUAUAAAGAAACCUGGAUCAGCACAUUCUAGAAGUCUAAUUAGCUCGUUUAUCUCUAAAGAAAUAGUCAGGGAUGUAUUGAAGGAAAAUAAGACUGAAGCUGUCUGUGUGGCUGAUGGUUUGGAUACCAUUGCCGAUAGAUUGAAUACUAUGUAUGAACAGUGUGUUUCACUUGGAAAGAAAGCUGGAGUAGAAUGUUCAAGAAGUCUAAUUAGUGCAUGUAUCACUGGAGAUAUUGAUAGUGAAGUAUUGGACAAAGAGGAAAACGAAGCCACCUGUGUGGCAUAUGGUUUGGACAGUGGUACUGAUAGGUUGGACAGUGUAUGCGAACAGGGUGUUACACUUACGAAAAAACCUGAAAUAAAACAUUCUAGAAGUUUAAUUAGUGCAUGUAUCCCUGGAGAUAUAGUCAAAGAAGUAUUGGAGGAAGAGAAAAAUGAAGCCAUCUGUUUGGGUUAUUGUUUGGACAGUGGCACUGAUAAGGUGAACAGUAUAUGUGAACAGGACACAAAGGAAAAGAAUGAAAUGGAAAAACUAAUGAGCAGAAUUGCUGAACUGGAGGAAAAGCUUAAUAAACUAAACUGGAUGGAAGACAAAUUUCAGGCUCUAGAAGAGAAACUGCAAGGAAAAAUUAUUGUAGAUGAGAAAGACUGGGAAAAUCUACUGAGCCGAGUCUUGCUUCUUGAAACCCAAAUGUUACUUCAUUCCAAAAAUGUUGAUUUAUCUACAGACUUGAAUAACUUGGGGGAAGAAAAUAUGUCUGCCCAUGAUGUGUCUCCAGUUUCUCCUGAUAGAGAGAAGGAGGACCUGCCAGAAAGCUAUCACCAGUCAUCUGGAUACAGUUCACAGUUAUCUACUGAACCAUCUCCCAGAGCCACAGUCGUUAAUAACCAUGGUCUGUCAGAGGUUUCAAAAGAUACAACAAGACAACGAAUGGAAAGAAUAAGCAAAAUCAUUGAAGAAACCUCAGAGCUGUUGAAGACCUCAAGUAACACCUCUUAAGAGUAUUCUGAUCUACAUCCAUAUAUCUGAAAGCAAUUAAAUGUGUCUGUAAAAUAAUUGAGCUGUUUGAAUCCUUUGUGAUUUUUUUAGUGACUGAAAUUAUUUAAAGCUAUUUCUUUUAAUGAAAAUAAAUAGUUUGUAAUAUCUUUGUCAUUGGUGCAAUUUUCACUUAACCACAUUUAAUUAUUAUUUCAGCAAAUAACAUCUAUACACAAGUUGUGAAGUUGUUCCUGUUCUUGCACUCUAUUUUUUGUAUCGACAUUUGCUGGCAUUGGGCUAAGUAAUAUGUUUUUUAAAAGGGUAGGCUCAAGGACCAUGCUUUACAUCCUGUUGGAAAUAUUCCAGCUGGGACUUUCAUAUUGCACCCAAGAGAAUUACAUACAUACCAUCAUGCCAUCUGUAAAGCUGUACAAGACUUAAUGAAAACUCAAGUACACAUAUUGUAAAUGUGUCCUUUUAAAGUUUUUUUUUUUAAACAUUUUCAUUCUUGGUCCGAAAGCACCUACACAUUGUGGCUUCCAUUCGUACUGACAAAGUGAAGGUCAUUUUGAUCCCAAACAUUAAAAUUUAUAAGUGAGGCCAGAGACUUUGACUGAGAAAUGUGUUGAGCGUUUUAGUGCUGUAUUACCUGACACGUUUUAAGAACAGCAGCGCAGAUGGAGGCCAUCCAGUCAGUAUACAAAGAUACAUAACACUUUUAUGAUUCAAAGCCACAUAAAAUGACUCUUCAGAGAUGAACGUUUAUGUAAAACAGCUAUAAAAAUGAUAUACUCAGGUGAAAAACAGGAGUUGGGGAUAGGAGGGCACUUGAGAUAUUUAGAUUUUAAAUUACCCUGUACUUAUUUGCUGUAUAGGGAACUUUUUAAUCAGAAGGUGUUAACCUUAGGUCCAUGAGUUCAUUUUUAAUGGUGGGGGUUUGCAGAUAAUGAGGCGGCAUUAUCUCUUUCUUUUUUAUUGUAAAGUAUAUUUCAUAACUUUGCAUUGUCUUUUUCCAAAACAUGCAAGAGCUACACUAAACUGGCAUGUAAACUGAAAAAAAAGUAUUAGUACAACAUACUUCCAUUACCUCUGUUUAUGUAGCAUUCAUAUUGCUAAAAUAACUGCCAGAUUAGACCAGGAUUAGAAACCUUCCUUAAUUGCAUUCUGUAUUAAAGUGUUAUUGGCAGUAUAAUGCUGUAUGCAUCUAAUCUAAGCAGUUUAUGUAAGUUGUUUCUUAUAGCAGUAGGUGUCAAUGAGUACUUGGUUAAUUCCUUGAAGAAUUUUUUUGUUAGACCUUUAUAUGUAUUAGUGCAUUAUC